CUUGGGAUCUACGUAAUGACCUCUUUUGUGGGUAUUACCAAUAUAACAAAUAAUUCACUAUGAUUUUAAAUUUUAUGUUGCGUGGUAUGAUGUUUCGUUAGUAAGAUAUAUAACAAAGAUUAUUGUAAAAUAAAGGCUUUAUUAUAAUUUAUUAUAUUUGCAUUUUAAUGAAUGUGCUGUGUCUGCAUUUAUCUGAACAAAUUGUAUGGUCAUGGUUGGUAGCAAUACGGCUUCAAAAAUACGAUUUCCGAUCUGAACUUAAACACCUCUCGAAAUUUACAGACAGACAGAACCGUUCAAAGAAGACUUUACUUAUCACGUUUCGAAAGUGUACUUAAACUUGUGCUAACUCUUUAUAAUAUUUUUUAUAGUCUAUAUUAUAAAUGAUUUUUACAAGAGAGAUUUCGAGGUUAUGAAGCAUUGCGUUCAUAACAAAUUCGAAGCAUGUUCCACAUUUGAUAAAGGAUUAACUUAUACAACAAUAAAUAAUACGAAACUAGUAGUACAUUUUAAAUACAAGAAUAUAAAAUGAGGUGGCUUCCGCGAUAUUUUACACUUCCAAUUACAGGCUUAUCUUUAACAUGUGUUAGUAUUGCUUUAAUAUAUGUAUUAUAUAAAAAGGGCAAAGAAGAUGCAAAGUCUCAAAGAAGUAAUAUUGAAGUUUCAAGACGAAUUACAAUAGAAUGUAAAGUACCUAGGCAACAUGUACCUGCUGUUAUUGGAAGAGGCGGUUCAACAAUAAAAGAUGUACAAAAUAAGACAGGAACGCAAAUACAUUUUAAAGAAGAUAAUAUUGAAUGCCCUGAUCGUGUUUGCCUUAUAAAAGGAAGUCAUGAAGCAACACAAUUGGCUGAAAGAAUGAUUAAAUCCAUAAUUGAAAAUCAACCAAUAAUUGAAACAUAUGAAAUAUAUGUACCUCACAAUGCGUGCAGAAGGAUAAUAGGAAAAGGCGGUGAAGUUAUUCACCAAAUUCAAUCAACCUCCAGUGCAAAAAUUACUGUUGAAAGUGGUCAGGGUUUCUAUGAUACAAAUGCUGAAAGGAGGAUCAUGAUUAAAGGAACAAGUGAACAAAUUGCUGUAGCUGUAGCACUAAUUGAAGAAAAAGUUCAAGAAAAGAAAGAAGCACAUAUAAAAUUAGAGGCUUCUUCUGCAGCAAGAUUGCCUAGGCGUAAAUUGUCUCCUCGUAACACCUCAGUCAGUACAAGUGAACAACUACAAACACCUAAAGUUGUAUCAGUCCAAGAUUGUGAUACUGCAAUAGAAGUAUAUGUAUCAGCAGCAGAAAAUCCUAAUCAAUUCUGGGUACAUCUUGUUGGUCCUGGAAAUACAGCUUUAGAUAAACUAGUUUCCGAAAUGACUGAAUAUUACAGUGAUGAACAGAAUCAAGAAAUACAUGCAUUAAAAAAUGUAACACUUGGCCAAAUUGUUGCUGCAAAGUUUAGCUUUGAUGAACAAUGGUAUCGAGCCGAAGUUACCUCUACGCCUGAAGAUGGUCAAUGUGAAGUAUGUUUCUUGGACUAUGGAGAUCGUGAAGUGGUCCAAUUAGAUUCUAUAUUGGAACUUCGAAUGGACUUUUUAGGUGUACCGAUACAGACAAUGGAGUUUUCCUUAGCCAACAUUAAACCAAGAGAAAACGAAUGGAGCAGCGAAGCCUGCAAGAAGUUCGAAGAACUCACUUGGUUAGCUCAGUGGAAAGUCUUGAUAGCCAAAAUCAGAGGCUACAAAGAACGAACUCGCAGCUAUAACAUAUCUCGUCGCGCAGGAAUACCAAUUCCUUGUGUCGAUCUUUUCGACAAAAUCGACGAUACGUACAUUAAUAUCGGUCAAGAGUUGAUAAACGAGGGUUUCGCCGAGCCAGAAGAAGCAGGGUUAUGGGAAGCUUAUUCAAAGUUGUCCUUAUCUAAUCGAAGCCACGAUGUGUCGAGUAUCUCAACUUCUGCAUCAACUUCUCCGUUGACGAGACGAGCUCAGAGUCCCGAAACACCCACAAACAUUCUACGUAAAUUGGAGUCUGAAUCGCCACACUCACCCAUCACCGAUCCUGAAACACCCGUCUCGACGAUGCAGCGUAAUAUGGAAGUAAUCGAUCUUGUAACACCACAGAAUUUGGAGUUUUCAGGGCGCACGUCUGCUGUGAGAUUAUACAGGGUGUCUACUUUCAAUCCCUCCACGAAUUUGGCAAAUGAAUUACUUAUUCACUUUCUCAAAACUAUAAAUCUAUAAACGUAAGUUCUGUUUAAAAGAGGGUACUGUAUUUACUUUGAAAUGUACAUGGAGUUGGUGUAGUUUUAUUAUAUGGCUUUAAACAGUGUAGAAGAGGAGAAUAUUAUAGAAAUAUGGAGCAACAUAAAAAUAUUGUUUUCAAGGACAUAUAGUUUGUUUAUCAGUAUAAUUGUCAGAGUAUAUUGAAGUAAGACACCCUGUGUAUAAAAAUAUUAUGAAGUCCUCUUUUUACCGAAAAGUUUGUGGAGUUCGCAGACAUGGUCGAACAAGAAACGAUUUCUUCCGUGUAAUAGCGAAACGGGAUCGAACGUGUAAUAGAAAGUACAUUGACAUCCGUUUUUCCGUCUCGCCACGGAAAGCACGCUCGCUUGCGGUUAACCGUUAAAUCCUCGAACACAACCGGGUCAUUAGCAGCCUCUGUAUCGAUUUC